AUGGGUCUACAUCACAACUUCUGCCUUUCGAAUCUUUCGCUAGCGGCGCACAAACUGCCACACUUAUGGACACCGAAUGUUUGCCUUGUGAACAGUAAAAAGGUCACAAUCCAUGCAUCGCCGUCUCAGAAUAUCCUUCUCAUGGUAUUUCCGAAUGGAACCGUUUGGCUCAAUUACAGGGUUAGUUUGCAGGGACCGUGCCAACUUGAUCUAACAUAUUUUCCAAUGGAUACGCAGCACUGUAGCCUUAUUUUCGAGAGUUAUUCGUAUAACACAGCGGAAGUACGUAUAAUAUGGCGUGAUUGGGAGCCGAUAUCAAUACCGGACCCAAACAGCAAAAAUCUUCCCGACUUUGAACUUAUCCAGACAGCAAAUAGGAAUCAAACUCUGGUUUAUACAGCUGGGCUCUGGGAUCAGCUUGAAGCCGUUUUCACUUUUCGCCGUUUGUACGGCUACUAUAUUUUACAAGCAAGUUUUGCUUUCCAAUAUUUUCACUGA